AAAUCCAGCAGCCAACACGCUCUCGCCUCCUCUCUCCAGGGCAGGAGACAGACACACUGAGAGGGAGAGAAAGAGAGGGAACGGAACAGAGAGGCAGCGGAGGAGUGCAGCUCUUCCCCUUGCAGCCUGAACGUCAAACUUCUGUGUAUACCAUGGGGAGGCCGCCAAGAGCCAUUUCCUUCGUCCUGUUCGUCUUCUGGCUGGGGGUCUCGUGGCAGGCCCGCGUGCCCCAUCCCGCCAUCCCCUCCAAUGCCACGGUCUUCUCUCACGUCUAUACUAUAAAACUGGCAGGAGAAAGCACCGAGGUUGAGGGUGCUUCCCCUCCACCGCAAGAGGCACUGGGCCCCCCCAGCUCCUCCCAGGGAGGGGGCCUGUUUGAACACACCCUGGAAGGGCCCGACCAGGAACAUGUGGUUUUCACCCACCGCAUCAACCUGCCGCCACAGGCCUGUGGGUGCCCACCUGGCACUGAGGACACCCGGGAGCUCUUGAGACGGCUGCAGGCACUCGAGAACGAAGUGCGGACGCUACGGGACACCUGCCAAGCUGGGGGAGGCUGCUGCCCUGCCACCGCCAGUACCCAGGCCAGUACAGGUCAAACAGACGUACGCAGCUUGUGUUCGCACCAUGGCUCCUUCGACCUCUCUCGUUGCCUAUGCGAAUGUGAGCCGGGUUGGGGCGGCCCCACAUGUGCCGAGGCACUCUGCCCAGGCGGGUGCGGUGGCCCAGAGCGUGGCAAGUGCGUGAACGGCCGUUGCCAGUGCCGCCCCGGCUAUUCUGGUGUCCGCUGCGAGGAGCCGCCGUCCUGCCCAGACGAUUGCAAUGACCAAGGCCGCUGCGUGGACGGACGUUGCACCUGCUUCCAGGGAUACGUCGGCCCGUCCUGCUCCGAUCCGGCCUGCCCCCAGGGCUGCCUGGGUCAUGGCCAGUGCGUGGCAGGGCGGUGCGUGUGCGACCCUGGUUACACGGGGGACGACUGUGGGACCCGGGGCUGCCCUAACAACUGUAACCGGCGUGGAGAGUGCCUCAAUGGACGCUGCGUGUGCGAGCCAGGCUUCACGGGCCCGGCGUGCGGCACCAAGGCCUGUCCCAAUGAUUGCAACCAGCGAGGCCGCUGUCUGAAGGGAGCAGUGUGUGCCUGCCACAAGGGAUUCACCGGGCCGGACUGUGGGCAGCUGGCGUGUCCCGAGGACUGCAGUGGCCACGGAGAGUGUGAAAAUGGAGUGUGCCUGUGCCAUGAUGGCUAUUCCGGAGAUGACUGUUCCAUAGAGAUUCCAUCCAUCGGCGUCCGGGUGGCAAAUCGAGACGAAACGUCUUUCCGCUUGGAGUGGAAACGCCCAGUGGUUUCUGUGGAUGGAUAUGAGAUCCACGUGGUUCCCACGACACAGAAGGAUCGUCAGGGAGGUGAAUCUAUACGGUUGUCCGGCACCGAGACAGUCUUUGAACGCAGAGGGUUGAAACCGGGAGAGGGAUACACCGUCACUGUCCGGGCGGAAAAGGGGCAACGCUACGGACCCCCUGUCAGCCAGGUCGUGCGUACACGAGUGGCUCCGCCCCACGGCCUGCGGUCAUCGCAGGUGACGGAAAGCACCGUGACCUUGCAGUGGGUACCGCCCUCCUCUCGCCCUGACGCCUACAUCCUCAGCUAUGUGCCGCUGGUUGCUUCCCGGCCUGCCCAUGCCACAAAACGUGUGGAACUGCCAGCUGCGCCUGAACGCGUCACGCUGGAAGAGUUGGAUCACAGCACCCGCUACCGCAUCACCCUGAUCGCUCGCCAGAGCGGUGACAGCAGCCGAGCCACCAGUGUCGUCGUCAGCACUACUGCACCUGAUCCGAACCAACCAGUCCGCCACUACUCAACACCGUCCCCCUCUUCCCAUCGAAGGCCUGCAGCUAGGAAGCCAGGCACCGUCCCUGUUGUACCGUCCUCUGGGCCUGAAUCCAGGAAGCCAGGCACCGCCCCCGUCGCCCCGUCCUCUGGGUCUGAAUCCAGGAAGCCAGGCACCGCCCCCUUCGCCCCGUCCUCUGGGCCUGAAGACAAGAAGCCAGGUGCCAAGCCACACCCAAGCCGCACCCCAUCCACCUUGUCGGCCAAGGAGCUCUUCCUGAAGAAAAUGACGCAGAACAUCUCAGCCAAGCUCUCCCCGUACAAGGGGACUCUCCUUGAGCGCUUGGAGAGCUACCUCCGUGCCACCAAUUUCCCUCUCCAGGGCGAUCGAACCGUAGAGAGCGUGGCCUGGGACAUAUACAUCUACCUAAUCCACCGGAAGCCGAAGGAGAUCCAAGAGAGGGUCGAGGAACGCCUUAUUCAAGAGACGAAUCAUUCGUUCCCAAUCGGGGGAGCCGAGAGCGUCUACUCAGACGGAUACCUCCGUCCAGAGCAUGUCAAACCAGCGGUGGUGGCCAGCUUCCCAGAUGGCCUUGAGGUGUCCUUGGAUGGCGUGAGAGGGGUCUCGGACAAUGUGGUGAUCCGCUACCAAAACAUGGGGAACGGAGAAGAAGGGGAGUUAGUGGUGCCUGGAGAUGCUUCCUCAGUGUCUAUCACCGGACUGGCUCCUGGUACAACCUACCACAUGGAGAUCCACGGUGUCGUGAAAGGGAAAUCCUCUAAGUCCUAUUCCUUUAUAACUGCCACAGCUCCAGCUUCACCUACAACUGCCAAGACCCGAACCGCCCCUACUCCCGCCCCAAGCCCUGGAGUUCUGCUGAAGGACCUAACGGUGACCGACGUCUCUCCCACCAGUCUCCGCGUGGCCUGGUCAGCCCCGCCCAGUUCCUUCCACAGCUUUUCCCUUCAGUACAAGGACCCCAAAUCCAGCGCGCCUCUGGGAGAAGUCAGAGUACCAGGCACAGAGAGAAGCGUCAACGUGAUGGGUUUGAGUCCCAGUACUGAGUAUGAGCUGCAGCUACAUGGGCAGAAACCGGACGGGGUCUACGACGCUCCACUAACAGCAAAGACAUCUACAGCUCCAGCAGCAGAAGCAGAGAAGCCCAGCCUAGGACAGAUCUCCAUCUUGGAAGUGACAGACAAGUCUGCCCGCCUCUCCUGGGAUGUCCCCACCGGAGCCUUUGACUCCUUUUUGAUCCAAUAUAAAGAUGCUGAGGGCAAACCAAAGGCACUGCCUGUGGACCGGGACUCCCGGGAAGCCACGAUCUCUAACCUGGUACCUUCCCGAAAAUACAAGUUCAAUCUUUACGGACUCGUAGGCCGCAAGCGUCUUGGCCCUGUUUCCACGGAGACGGUCACAGCCUCCGGGGCGCCUGAAAAGCCAGACAAGGAGCUAACGGCACCGCCCAAUUUGGGAGAACUCUCCGCCUCCGACAUCACCAGCGACACUGUCCGUUUGUCCUGGAGUGUCCCUUCUGGGAGCUUUGAUUCGUUUCUGAUCCAGUACAAGGAUGCCGAGGGCAGGCCCCAAGUGUUGCCCAUGGAAGGGGACACCCGUGAAGUCACCAUCCCUAGCCUGGCUCCCUCCCGCAGAUAUAGGUUCAAUCUCUACGGCAUCGCCAAUCGCAAACGCCUCGGCCCUGCCACUACCGACGUCACCACAGCAUCACGGGAGGCAGAGCCCAUCCCUGAGCCUGUCCUCGGUGACCUCUCCAUCGUAGAUGCUACCAGCAACUCUGUCCGUCUCACCUGGAGCGUUCCCACAGGCACCUUCGACUCCUUCUUGCUCCAGUACCAAGACCCAGAGGGCCACCAUCAAUCCCUGCCCACGGACCGAGAUUCCCGUGAAGCCACCAUUCCCAACUUGGCUCCUUCCCAAAGAUACAGAUUCAAUCUCUACGGCAUCUCUGGGUCCCGGCAUCUUGGACCCAUCUCUGCUGAUGCCGUCACAGCAGCAUCUCAGGAAACAAAAAAGGAGAGGCCAGAUGAGACGAUAUUGACUCCGCCCAGCCUGGGGGAGCUCUCGGCCUCUGACGUCACCGCUGAUUCUGUCCGCCUCUCCUGGACUGUCCCCACCGGCAGCUUUGACUCCUUCCAGAUCCAGUACAAGGACGCGGAGGGCAAACCCCAGGCGUUGCCCGUGGACGGAGCCUCUCGUGAGGUCACCGUCCCCAACCUGGCUCCUUCCCGCAGAUACAAGUUCAGCCUCUACGGCGUCUCCGGCCGCAAGCGCUCCAGCCCCGUCUCCACGGAGGCCACCACAGCCUCACAGGAAGUAGAUGAGCCCGUCACAGUUCAGCCCAGUUUGGGGGAGCUCUCGGCCUCUGACGUCACCCCUGAUUCCGUCCGCCUCUCCUGGACUGUCCCCACCAGCAGCUUUGACUCCUUCCAGAUCCAGUACAAGGACGCGGAGGGCAAACCCCAGGCGUUGCCCGUGGACGGAGCCUCUCGUGAGGUCACCGUCCCCAACCUGGCUCCUUCCCGCAGAUACAAGUUCAGUCUCUACGGCGUCUCCGGCCGCAAGCGCUCCAGCCCCAUCUCCACGGAGGCCACCACAGCCUCACGGGAGGGAGAGGAGCCCGUCACAGUUCAGCCCAGUUUGGGGGAGCUCUCGGCCUCUGACGUCACCGCUGAUUCCGUCCGCCUCUCCUGGACUGUCCCCACCGGCAGCUUUGACUCUUUCCUGGUGCAGUACAAGGACGCGGAGGGCAAACCUCAGGCGUUGCCCGUGGACGGAGCCUCUCGUGAGGUCACCGUCCCCAACCUGGCUCCUUCCCGCAGAUACAAGUUCAGCCUCUACGGCGUCUCCGGCCGCAAGCGCUCCAGCCCCAUCUCCACGGAGGCCACCACAGCCUCACAGGAAGUAGACGAGCCCGUCGUGGUUCAGCCCAGUUUGGGGGCGCUCUCGGCCUCAGACGUCACCCCUGAUUCCGUCCGCCUCUCCUGGACUGUCCCCACCGGCAGCUUUGACUCCUUCCAGAUCCAGUACAAGGACGCGGAGGGCAAACCCCAGGCGUUGCCCAUAGACGGAGCCUCUCGUGAGGUCACCGUCCCCAACCUGGCUCCUUCCCGCAGAUACAAGUUCAAUCUCUACGGCGUCUCCGGCCGCAAGCGCUCCAGCCCCAUCUCCACGGAGGCCACCACAGCCUCACAGGAAGUAGAGGAGCCCAGUUUGGGGGAGCUCUCGGCCUCUGACGUCAGCCCUGAUUCCGUCCGCCUCUCCUGGACCGUCCCCACCGGCAGCUUUGACUCUUUCCUGGUGCAGUACAAGGAUGCCAACGGCAAACCCCAAGCGUUGCCCGUGGAGGGGGGAUCCCGCGAGGUCACCGUCCCCAACCUGGCUCCUUCCCGCAGAUACAAGUUCAGCCUCUACGGCGUCUCCGGCCGCAAGCGCUCCAGCCCCAUCUCCACGGAGGCCACCACAGCCUCACGGGAGGGAGAGGAGCCCGUGGCUGUUCAGCCCGGCCUGGGGGAGCUCUCGGCCUCUGACGUCACCGCUGAUUCCGUCCGCCUCUCCUGGACUGUCCCCACCGGCAGCUUUGACUCUUUCCUGGUGCAGUACAAGGAUGCCGACGGCAAACCCCAAGCAUUGCCCGUGGAGGGGGGAUCCCGCGAGCUCACGGUCCCCAACCUGGCUCCUUCCCGCAGAUACAAGUUCAGCCUCUACGGCGUCUCCGGCCGCAAGCGCUCCAGCCCCAUCUCCACGGAGGCCACCACAGCCUCACGGGAGGGAGAGGAGCCCGUUGCUGUUCAGCCCAGCCUGGGGGAGGUCUCGGCCUCUGACGUCACUCCUGAUUCCAUCCGCCUCUCCUGGACUGUCCCCACCGGCAGCUUUGACUCUUUCCUGGUGCAGUACAAGGACACGGAGGGCAAACCCCAGGCGUUGCCCGUGGACGGAGCCUCUCGUGAGGUCACCGUCCCCAACCUGGCUCCUUCCCACAGAUACAAGUUCAGUCUCUACGGCGUCUCCGGCCGCAAGCGCUCCAGCCCCAUCUCCACGGAGGCCACCACAGCCGCUACAGCGACAUCGCCAGAGGUGACCACGGAAAGGGUGGCCACCAUUCAGCUCAGCCUGGAGCAGCUCAUGGUUUCUGAUCUCACUAGUACCUCAGCCCGCCUCUCCUGGGCCGUCCCCACGGGGGAUUUUGAUUCCUUUCUAGUGCAGUACGAAGACGCACACGGGAGACCUCGGGAGUUGCCCGUUGAUGGGGUUUCCCGCACGCUCGCCGUCCCAGACCUCGAGCCCUCCCAGAGAUACCAGUUCAACCUCUAUGGAGUUUAUGAUGGCAAGCAAUACGGCCCUCUCUCCGUGGAGGCCGUCACAGCCCCAGCACCAGUAUCGCCGGAGGGAGCAGAAGUACUGGCCCCACAGCCCAGCCUGGGAGAACUCACAGCCUUUGACAUUUUUAGCGAUUCGCUCCGGCUCUCCUGGACCGUACCUACUGGGAGCUUUGACUCCUUCCUGGUUGAGUACAGGGAUGCAGAAGGCAGACCCCAAACACUGCCUGUGGACGGGGGAUCCCGUGAGGUCACCGUCUCCAGCCUCGUGCCUUCCCGCAGAUACAAGUUCAAUCUUUUUGGAAUCUCUGGCCACAAGCAACUCGGCCCCCUUUCCACCGACGCUGUCACAGCCCCACUGAUGGAGAAGCCCACUCCGCCGCUCAGGCUGGGGGAGCUGACGGCCGGUAACGCCAAGCCAAAUUCUCUCGAUCUCUCCUGGACCGUUGCGGCUGGGAACUUUGACUCCUUUAUCGUGCAGUACCGAGAUGCUCAGGGCAAAGCCCAAGCCCUCCCCGUCGAAGGGAACCUGCGCUCUCUCCACCUCCACGACCUGGUUCCCUCACACAGAUACCACAUCAACCUCUACGGCGUCUCAGGCAGGAAGCGAUUAGGCCCCAUCUCCACCCAAGCCGAGACAGCCCCAUCACCUACGGCACCACCAGCCCAGCCCAGUUUGGGAGAGCUCUCCGUCUCGGACGUCACAAGCGAUUCCGUCCGCCUCUCCUGGACUGUCCCCACCGGGAGCUUCGACUCCUUCCAGAUCCAGUACAAGGACAUGGAGGGCAAACCCCAGGCGUUGCCCGUGGAGGGGGGAUCCCGCGAAGUCACUGUCCCCAACCUGGCUCCCUCCCGCAGAUACAAGUUCAAUCUCUACGGACUCUCUGGUCGCAAGCGUCUCGGCCCGGUUUCCGCUGACACCGUCACAGCAUCUCCUGUGCAGGAACCUCCCACCCUGGGGGAACUCUCUGCGUCUGAUGUCACCACCAGCUCCGUCCGCCUCUCCUGGAGCGUCCUCACUGGGAGAUUUGACACUUUCUUGGUCCAGUAUAAGGAUGCAGAGGGCAAACCUCAGGCCAUUCCAGUGGAAGGAGAUUUCCGUGAGAUCCUCAUCCCCAACCUGGCCCCAUCCCGGAGAUACAAGUUCAACCUCUACGGACUCACCGGCCGCAAGCGCCUCGGACCCGUUUCUACCGAUGCCAUCACAGCAGCCCCUCCGGCAGAAGCAUGGUCUCCGCACAGCUUGGAACAGCUCUCCGUCUCUGAGGUCACCAGGGAUUCCGCCCACCUCACCUGGACCGUCCGCACAGGGACCUUUGACUCCUUCGUAGUCCAGUACAAAGACGCUGAAGGCAAAACCCAGGCGCUGCCCUUGGACGGAAACAUCUACGAGACCACCGUCACUGGUCUGUCUCCUUCCCGCCGAUACAAGUUCAACCUGUACGGGCUGGUAGGGCGCAAACGCCUUGGCCCCGUCUCCAUGGAUACAGUUACAGCAUCUGCAGCGGAGAAGGAAGACACAGUGAAGUCCAGUUUGGGGGAGCUCUCGGCCUCUGACGUCACCCCUGAUUCCAUCCUCCUCUCCUGGACUGUCCCCACCGGGAGCUUCGAAUCCUUCCAGAUCCAGUACAAGGACGCGGAGGGCAAACCCCAGAUGCUGCCCGUGGACGGAGCCUCUCGUGAGGUCACCGUCCCCAACCUGGCUCCUUCCCGCAGAUACAAGUUCAACCUCUACGGUGUUUCUGGUCAGAAGCGCCUUGGCCCUAUUUCCUCAGAAGCCACCACAGCUGCACGAGAGAAGGAAGACGAAGAAGAGGAAGGCAGAAGGAGCAAGCCCAGCUUGGGGGAGCUCUCAGUCUCAGAAGCCGGCCAUGAUUCCGUCCGUCUUUCCUGGAGUGUCCCAGCCGGGCGUUUCGACUCCUUCCUUGUUCAGUACGAAGGUGGAGAGGAGGAGACGCAGACCUUGCCUGUGGAUGGGGGAUCCCGGGAGGUCACGGUCCCUAACCUGGAGCCUUCUCAGAGAUACCGGUUUGACCUCUACGGCAUCUCCGGCGGCGAAUAUGUGGGCCCCAUAUCCACUGACGCCUUCACAGCUCCGUCGACACCACAGCAGGAUGUGGAGGAGAAGGGAACGGCAACCCCAGCCCCAGAACCCAACCUGGGGGAGCUCUCUGUGUCGGAUGUCACCAGCGACUCCGUCCGUCUCUCUUGGAAUGUCCCCCCUGGGACUUUUGACUCCUUCCUGGUCCAGUACAAGGAUGCUGAAAACCGGCCUCAGUCGCUGCCUGUAGACAAGGAGACUAACUGGGUGGUGAUUUACUACCUGGUGCCUUCCUACAGAUACAAGUUCAACCUCUACGGCAUCUCUGGACGCAAGCGCUUCGGCCCAGCCUCUGUCAGUAUUGCCACAGCCAUAACUACUGAGCAUGUAGUGCGAGACGAAACAGACCAGGAGGUCUCUCCUGGAACGGAGCCCCGCUUGGGAGAGCUCUCGGUCUCCGACGUCACCAGUAAUGCCGCCCGCCUCUCCUGGAGUGUCCCCACGGGAAGCUUUGAUUCUUUCUCCAUCCAGUACAAGGACGCCGAGGGAAGACCCCAAGCACUUCCUGUCGGAGGGGGCUCCCGCGAGGUCAUUGUCCCCAACCUGGCCCCCUCUCACAAAUACAGGUUCAAUCUCUACGGGAUCUCUGGACAACGGCGUCUCGGACCCAUCUCUGCCCAUGCCGUGACGACAGCGUCAACAGAUCAUGGGGAGCAGCGAGAAGUGGGAGAAGAGGCAGACCAGGAGGUCUCUCCUGGAACGGAGCCCCGCCUGGGAGAGCUCUCGGUCUCCGACGUCACCAGUAAUGCUGCCCGCCUCUCCUGGAGUGUCCCCGCGGGAAGCUUUGAUUCUUUCUCCGUCCAGUACAAGGACGCCGAGGGAAGACCCCAAGCGCUUCCUGUUGGAGGGGGCUCCCGCGAGGUCAUUGUCCCCAACCUGGCCCCCUCUCACAAAUACAGGUUCAAUCUCUACGGCAUCUCUGGACAACGGCGUCUCGGACCCAUCUCUGCCCAUGCCGUGACGACAGCGUCAACAGAUCAUGGGGAGCAGCGAGAAGUGGGAGAAGAGGCAGACCAGGAGGUCUCUCCUGGAACGGAGCCCCGCUUGGGAGAGCUCUCGGUCUCCGACGUCACCAGUAAUGCCGCCCGCCUCUCCUGGAGUGUCCCCGCGGGAAGCUUUGAUUCUUUCUCCGUCCAGUACAAGGACGCCGAGGGAAGACCCCAAGCGCUUCCUGUUGGAGGGGGCUCCCGCGAGGUCAUUGUCCCCAACCUGGCCCCCUCUCACAAAUACAGGUUCAAUCUCUAUGGCAUCUCUGGACAACGGCGUCUCGGACCCAUCUCUGCCAAUGCUGUGACGACAGCUGCGAAAACACCCGGGCAGACCGCAGAGGAGAAGGGCCCGGAGGAAACGCCAGACGAGAGUGUUCAGCCCAGACUUGGAGAUGUCACGGUCUCUGAGAUCACCCCAGAUUCCCUCCUCCUCUCCUGGAGCAUCCAGGAAGGCAGCUUUGACUCUUUCCUCAUCCAGUACAAGGACGCCGCAGGGAAGCUCCAGAUGUUGCCGGUGGACGGAGCCAUGCGCUCGCUCCACCUCUACAACCUCACGCCUUCGCAGAGAUACAAAUUCAACAUCUUCGGAGUCUCUGGCCACAAGCGCCUCGGGCCCAUCUCGAUUGAUGCUGUCACAGAAGCAUCUCAGGAAGAAGACACUGUCCAGCCCCGGCUGGGAGAGCUCUCCGUCUCCACGGUCACCAGCGACUCGGUCAGCCUGUCCUGGAGCGUGCCUGCAGGCAGCUUCCACUCUUUCCUAGUCCAGUUCAAAGACGCGGAGGGCAGGCCCCAGGUGUUACCCCUCAACGGUGAUUCCCGCGACGUCACUGUCCCCGGCCUGACACCUUCUCACAGAUAUAAGUUCAACCUUUAUGGCAUUUCCGGGCACAAGCGUCUCGGUCCCAUCUCCACAGAUGCCGUCACAGCCCCCGGCACUCAUCCGGCUCAGCUCAAGCUUGGAGAACUAUCUGUCCAUAACGUCACAUCGGAAUCACUCCUCCUCUCCUGGACUGUCGAGACCGGGAACUUCAACUCCUUCAUCAUCCAGUACCGGGGCGCCGAUGGGAAACCCCACGCUUUGCCUGUGGACGGAAGUUUACGCUCGCUACGGCUCCACGACUUGCUCCCAUCUCACAGAUACAGGUUCAACCUCUAUGGCGUUUCCGGCCGCAAGCGCUUUGGGCCCGUCCCCACGGAGGCCACGACAGGCGCUUCAGAACACGUCGCCCCUCCGCAGCCCAACCUGGGCGAACUCUCGGCUUCCGACAUCAACAGCACGUCUGUCCGUCUGUCCUGGACCGUCCUGGCUGGGGAUUUCGACUCCUUCAUCAUUCAGUACCGAGAUGCGGAGGGCAAACCCCAAGCGCUGCCCGUGGACGCAAGCUCCCGCGACGUCAUCGUCUCCAAGCUGGCACCUUCCCGUAAAUACAAGUUCAACCUCUACGGCAUCUCCGGACGAAAGCGCUUCGGCCCCAGCUCCACCGAAGCCGUCACAGCUCGAACUGUGGCACCAGAAAUCGGGCCUACACUGGGCGACCUCUCCAUCUCUGAGGUCACCAAGGAGUCUGUCCGCCUCUCAUGGACCAUCUCUGCUGGGAAAUUUGACUCUUUCCUCGUCCAGUACAAGGAUACCGAAGGAAACACCCAGACGGUGCCUGUUGAUGCCGACUCCCGCACGGUUGUCAUCUCUGACCUGGAGCAUUCCCACAGAUAUAAGUUCAACCUCUACGGCAUCUCUGGGAGGAAGCGGCUUGGACCAAUCUCGACCGAUGCAGUCACAGCUUUCCCAGAUGCUCCCAGUGAGCCGGCCGCCUUGCUCGAUCACCUGGUGGUCUCCGAGGUGACGCCCACAACUCUGCACCUCACCUGGGAAGCUCCAGAGGGAGGCUUCGAUUCCUUCCUGGUCCAAUACAAGGACUCUCUUCAGGGAAGUGGGAGGAUCCCUCUGCCUGCCAAGGAAGUGAAAGUGCCUGGGGAUGAGACCACGGCCACACUUCGGGGCCUCACACCCAACACCGAAUACAGCCUUACGCUCUACGGCAUCAAGGACGGGUCAGAAGCGGCCAAUAUCAACACAGCAGCAAGGACAAGCGGGCUAGAGCUGGACAGCCCCCGGGACCUGCGCUUCAGCGACAUCCGCGAGACCUCCGUCCUGGCCAACUGGAGGGCGCCGUCCUCUCGCAUCGACCGCUACAAAGUCUCCUUCCAGCCCUCCGACGGGGGGGAGCCCCGGAGCAUCUCCGUGGACGGAUCCAAGCUCAAAACCACCAUCGGCGACCUGACCCCGGGGGCCAGCUACGAGGUCACCGUGAUGUCGAUCCGUGGGUUCGAAGAGAGCGAGCCCCUAGUGGGCUACGUCACCACAGUCCCGGACGGUCCUUCUGACUUGCGGGCCAUCAACGUCACCGACUCCUCGGCCGUGCUCACCUGGCAUCCUCCCGUGGCUGAGAUGAACAACUACAUCGUCACCUACGGGCCCAUUGGGGGCCCGAGGGUCUCUGAAUCAGUGCCGGGGAACCGCGUCCAGCUGCGGUUGUCGGAGCUGCGCCUGGACACGGAAUAUCGGACCAGCAUCUACGGGGAGAAGGAAGGGAACCGGAGCUCUCCAGUCAGCGCCACGUUCACCACCGGAGCAGACGGACCCCGGGACCUCCGGGCUACUGAGGUCUCACCUCGCAGCGCCCGCCUCACCUGGUCACCCCCCCGUGCCCCUCCUGGCGGGUACCUGCUGAGUUACGAAACCCCGUACGGACAAUCAAAGGAGAUCCCCUUGGAUGCUUCCAUCACUUCAUAUGAACUUCAAAACCUGAUUCCUUCCAGCCGGUACCAGGUUCAAGUCCAGGCACUGAGGAGAGGCACGCCGACAGCUCCCACCUCCACCUCCUUCACCACCGGGCAUCUGACGUACCCCUUCCCUCGGGACUGCUCGGAAGAGAGUCAAAACGGGCCAGGACCCUCGCGGGUAACAACGAUUUAUCUGGGGGGCAACCGGGACCGCCCCUUGCAAGUGUACUGUGACAUGGAGACGGAUGGCGGAGGCUGGAUAGUCUUCCAGCGUCGGAUGAAUGGGGAGACUGAUUUCUGGCGUGACUGGCAGGAUUACGCCAAGGGCUUUGGCGACCUCUCACGGGAGUUUUGGCUGGGGAACGACGCUCUGCACCAGUUGACCACAUCAGGGGACUACGAACUGCGCGUGGAUCUCCGUGCCAAGAAUGAGUCCGUCUAUGCCACCUACCAGCAUUUCCGCGUGGAUCCUCCUGCGGAUUAUUACCGCCUGCACCUGGGCAGUUACAGCGGCACGGCUGGUGACGCGUUCAGCUACCACUCGGGCAGCGUCUUCUCCACCCGGGACCGGGACCCCAAUCGGCUCAUCAUUUCAUGCGCCGUCUCGUAUCGUGGCGCAUGGUGGUACCGCAACUGCCACUACACCAACCUCAACGGGCUCUACUCAAGCAAUCGUGACCACCAGGGUGUCAACUGGUUUAACUGGAAAGGCUUCGAGUUCUCCAUCCCCUUCACCGAGAUGAAACUCCGGCCACGCGGCUUCCAGCCUUUGCGGUGGGCGUGAGCAAAGGGAACGAGGCUGCAGAACUGACUGAGGGGGAGAGUGGCGGAGGAGGAGGAGGAGGAGGAGGAGCAGCCGCAAGGGAGGUCGAGCGACUACCCCUCCGCAACGGGAUACCUCACACCCGGCCUUAAUUUCCCCUUUUCCCGUCCUGAGGAAAAAGGAGACGCACGGAGCAAAAACAAAGAAAGGAAAUGGGACGAAUAUUAACACAAGCACCUUGUAUUAUUUUUUUAUUAUUAUUAUUAUUUUCCUGCCGCCGACCAGCCGCAAAUUGUCAGGGACGUGAAGCCUCCGGAGGAGUCGAGGCGGGAGAGCGGAAGGGGUUGCUGAGGGGCAGAGCGAAGGGGACGGAGCGUUCUGAGUUUGGACCGUGUCGCAGGAUGCUGCCAAGGCCCCGUCAGCCUCUUUUCCUGGGAAACACCCAGAAGGGAAUGCUGGGAGGUCGGCCCCCAGGAAUCCAAUCUCAGCAAACCAAUGCCAUUUUCGCCUCAGUUCUCUUGCGACGAGGUUGGCAACUGGGCGGUUCCGUUCACGUCCCUCAAAGGGACGGAUUUUGGCCCGGGGUUCUCCAGUUGCCGACCCCCUUCUCUACCGGUCCCUGCUCCCGCAAAUCUCUCUCUUCCUCUCUCCAGUCUAAAACUCCCUACUUCCCUCCUCCAACUCCACUCGGUAUCCGGGCCUCCUUCCCCAGGGAGAUUAAACUCAUCAUCAGCCCCUGAAAGCAGGUUAACGUAAAAGCAC